AGCAGCAGCAGCAGCAGCAGCAGCAGCAGCAGCAGCAGCAGCAGCAGCAGCAGCAGCAGCAGCAGCAGCAGCAGCAGCAGCAGCAGCAGCAGCAGCAGCAGCAGCAGCAGCAGCAGCAGCAGCAGCAGCCAGCAGCAGCAGCAGCAGCAGCAGCAGCAGCAGCAGCAGCAGCAGCAGCAGCAGCAGCAGCAGCAGCAGCAGCAGCAGCAGCAGCAGCAGCAGCAGCAGCAGCAGCAGCAGCAGCAGCAGCAGCAGCAGCAGCAGCAGCAGCAGCAGCAGCAGCAGCAGCAGCAGCAGCAGCAGCAGCAGCAGCAGCAGCAGCAGCAGCAGCAGCAGCAGCAGCAGCAGCAGCAGCAGCAGCAGCAGCAGCAGCAGCAGCAGCAGCAGCAGCAGCAGCAGCAGCAGCAGCAGCAGCAGCAGCAGCAGCAGCAGCAGCAGCAGCAGCAGCAGCAGCAGCAGCAGCAGCAGCAGCAGCAGCAGCAGCAGCAGCAGCAGCAGCAGCAGCAGCAGCAGCAGCAGCAGCAGCAGCAGCAGCAGCAGCAGCAGCAGCAGCAGCAGCAGCAGCAGCAGCAGCAGCAGCAGCAGCAGCAGCAGCAGCAGCAGCAGCAGCAGCAGCAGCAGCAGCAGCAGCAGCAGCAGCAGCAGCAGCAGCAGCAGCAGCAGCAGCAGCAGCAGCAGCAGCAGCAGCAGCAGCAGCAGCAGCAGCAGCAGCAGCAGCAGCAGCAGCAGCAGCAGCAGCAGCAGCAGCAGCAGCAGCAGCAGCAGCAGCAGCAGCAGCAGCAGCAGCAGCAGCAGCAGCAGCAGCAGCAGCAGCAGCAGCAGCAGCAGCAGCAGCAGCAGCAGCAGCAGCAGCAGCAGCAGCAGCAGCAGCAGCAGCAGCAGCAGCAGCAGCAGCAGCAGCAGCAGCAGCAGCAGCAGCAGCAGCAGCAGCAGCAGCAGCAGCAGCAGCAGCAGCAGCAGCAGCAGCAGCAGCAGCAGCAGCAGCAGCAGCAGCAGCAGCAGCAGCAGCAGCAGCAGCAGCAG